AUGGGAACCCACUCUUUUGGAGCUGAAAAUGGUCAGAAGGAUGAACCGGAUAUAGGGGACGAGUGGCGCGCUAAGAUAGUCCGUUUCUUUUCUAAGUUGGAUGCUGACAAGGACGGAAUUGUGGACCGCCGCGACUACGUUGACAAGACUGUAGAAAGAGCUAGACGAUAUUUUGGGGCAGAUAAGAUCAAUGACUUCAAUGAUACCAUCUCCGAAGCUUGGCUGUCAUUUUGGUCUGUUUCCGAAGAUGAAUAUAGAGGUAGUCUUGACGAAAAAGAUGCUAUUUGGAUUCACAAACGUUUAUUCAAAGUUAACAAACUAGACGAAUCAAACAGGGAUUGGGCAGAGGGCCUAUUCCGAGCAGCAGAUGGAGACGACAACGAAGAACUCAGCGUCUACGAGCACAAAGCAUUUUGCCGAGUGUUUAACGUUCAAGAAGGGUUUGACAAGUCUUUUAAAUGUAUCGAUGGGAACCAAAACGGUAGCAUCGAUAAAGAAGAGUUCCUGCAAGCAGCUCAUGAUUAUUUUUACAACCGAAAGGAGGAUUCCUGGUUUUUCGGAGUCUGA